AUGAAAAUGGAGAAUCGCACCGUGGUGUCGGAAUUUAUCCUCCUAGGGAUUCCCAACACCAACGGUCUUGAGACCAUCCUCUUCAUCACCUUCUUAGCCUUCUACCUCUGCACCCUGGUGGGCAACCUGCUCAUCUUCUCAGCCAUCCUCGCUGACGCCCGCCUGCACACCCCCAUGUACUUCUUCCUCUGCAAUCUCUCCAUUCUAGACCUCGGAUUCUCUUCCAUCAGCACCCCUAAAUUUCUGACCAAUCUCUGGGCGAAGAGUAGAAACAUCUCGCUGGGCGGGUGCAUGUCCCAGGUCUUCUUCUACCACUUUCUGGGCAGCACCGAGUGCCUGCUCUACACCGUCAUGGCCUAUGACCGGUACGUGGCCAUCUGCCACCCGCUGCGCUACCUGCUCAUCAUGAACCAGAGGGUGUGCGCCCUCCUGGCCGCCGGCACCUGGAUCGCCAGCUCCUUCCACGCCACCAUCCUCACCAGCCUGACCUUCACGCUGCCCUACUGCAGGUCCAAUGUGGUGGACUAUUUCUUCUGUGACAUCUUCCCGGUGAUCAAGCUGGCCUGUGCGGACACGUAUGUCAUCGAGACUGUGAGCUUCACCAAUAUUGGGGUGGUGCCCAUGACUUGCUUCCUCCUUAUCCUUGCCUCCUACUUCAGGAUCAUUGCCUCCGUGGUGAGAAUGCGCAGCGCUGAGCGAGGUUGGAAAGCCAUCUCCACUUGCGCAUCGCACCUGACAGUGGUGUGCUUCUUCUUUGGGCCCUGUGCCCUCCUCUACACCCAGCCCUCCCUAAGCAAUGUGCUGGCUACCCCCAUGCAGAUCUUCUGUGAUGUGGUCACCCCGAUGCUGAACCCGGUGGUCUAUACGCUGAGGAAUAAGGAAGUCAAGGCAGCAUUCAGGAAAAUGAAAGGUGGCUAA